UAGAAAGCGCAAACAGUGGCAGCACUAGUAGUUUCUUUCACGUUUUGCUGCGCUGUCGACUAAGGAGUUUUCUCUCCUAUUUUCGCCUAAAAUCAAGGAAAAUCCACGAAAAGAUGCCUGGUUUCGAGGAAAUAAAGUCAUCGUGGGCCGAUGAGGUGGAAUUGGAGUCCGGAUCACUGCCGCCGCCGUCUGAGGUGUUUGAGAAUGGCAAUAAAGUCGUGACGGAGUACAAGUUCAAUGAUGACGACAAGAAGUGCAAAGUUGUGCGCACGUACAAGAUCAGCAAGCAAGUUGUGCCACGCAGUGUGGCCAAGAGGAAGACGCUGACCAAGUUUGGGGACUCCGCCAAGGACAAGCCUGGCCCCAAUCCGCACACGACGAUGGUGGGUGAGGACACGUACAUGCAGUUCAUCACGAACAAGGAGGAGGAGAAGUCUGCCGACAACAUGCUGGAUCCGCUGAAGAGCAUUGCCAAGUGUCGUAUCUGCAACGGCGAGCAUUGGUCGGUGAAUUGUCCGUUCAAGGGCACGCUGAUGGACACGGGCAAGCUGAUGGACGCCAAGCAGCCGACGAGCACCGGUCAGGAGCCCACCGGCUCCAAGACGGGCAAAUAUGUGCCGCCGUUCAUGAAGGACAACCAGAAGGGGCUGACAAUGCGCGGCCGCGACGACACCACAGCUAUUCGCAUCUCCAACUUGUCCGAGUCCAUGGUGGAGUCCGAUCUGGAGGAGUUGGUGAAGAAGUUUGGGCCGCACAACAAAAUGUACUUGGCCAGGGACAAGAAUACCGGACUGUGCAAGGGAUUCGCGUAUGUCCACUUCAAAUCGCGCCGGGACGCCGCCAGUGCCAUUGAACAUCUCAAUGGGCACGGCUAUGAUCAUCUCAUUCUCAAUGCCGAGUGGUCCAAGCCUCAAAAUAACAACUAAGCGUAUGUAUAUGACCUAAAUUUAUGGUAUUUCUUCCCAUUUGCAAACGAUAAUAAUAAUAAUAAAACCUGCGGAUUGAUUCCGAGAUGAAGAGAUUUUAUCCAAUAGAUCAGAUUGUCAA